AUAUUUUUGAAAUUGAUCAAGAAGGAGAAAUUAAAGAUCAUGAAAAACGUCGUAAAAAUAAUCUUGAUAAAGUAGAAAGUUAUGAAUAUAUUGAAGAUCAAAAAAAUGAUGAUGCCAAAGCUGAACAUUUGGUUUCUUUCAUUGGUUCAUUGGAUAAAAAAAGAAAACGAAUCGAUAAUGACAGUCCUAUAGAAAAACAUAAAAAGCAGAUCAAAGAACGUACAGAGGCUUAUGAAGAAUCAGAAUAUAAUCUAACAACUAGAGAGUCUUCAACUGGUAAAAAGAAG